AUUACUACCUCACUUUGCAUGUCCAUAAGCCAUUCUCUCUAUCUUAAUUUCCUGUCUCUCGCCCUUUCCUCUUUUUUCCCAUCCACAUAGAUACACUCACUUACACAAAAACACGUCUUUUGAGAUUCUUCUUACUCAAGAGUGCUUCAUCUGACUCUGAUUGUAUGGAUGGAUCCUUCUAGUGGACAACCCCAGGAAAUGUCUAGCCAGUCACUGGAGAACAUGUUAGGUUGCUCAAAAGCACAGCAAGAGAGGAAGCCAAGGCCUCAUCCAGAACAAGCUCUGAAAUGCCCAAGAUGUGACUCCACUAACACCAAGUUUUGUUACUACAACAAUUAUAGUCUUUCUCAGCCAAGAUACUUCUGCAAGUCUUGCAGAAGAUAUUGGACUAAAGGAGGAACACUGAGGAAUGUUCCAGUGGGAGGGGGAUGCAGGAAGAACAAGAGGUCCUCAUCUUCAUCAAAGAGGGCUCAGGAUCAGACCUUCACACCCAAUCCAAACCCACUCACUACCCUCCCUCACUUGUCAUAUGGCUCUAGUGACUUCACCUUAGCAUUAGCUAGGCUCCAAAAACAGUCAAGUGGGCAAUUGGGUUACAAUGAUCAUGAUCUUUCAAUUUUGGGCAAUCCCACAAGUUCCCUUUGUGAUAUUCUUGGCCAUUCAGGCAUGAACCCCUUAUCAACAAACCCUGGUUUCUUGGAUGCAAUUCGAACUGGGUUCCUUGACACACACAACAAUCUUCAGAAUAUGUAUUGUGUGUAUGGAAAUGGGGACAUGGGGGAGGUAGACAAUGGAAAUUCUUGCGGUGUUGGUGUUAGUGGAGAGAUGGUUCUCCCUUAUGAUCAAGAGAUGAGCAAUGCAACUACUCAGUCAAUGAGUGUAACUAGCAUGAAGCAAGAAGUGUGUAGUGGCAGGGAACAAAGUGAAAUGAGGGUGUUGGGUGGUUUCCCAUGGAUGCUCAAUGGAGACACAAACAUGGGUGAGCUUGAUUCAGGAAGAGCAGGUUGGAAUGGUUUCACAUCUUCCUGGCAUGGGCUUCUGCAUAGUCCUCUAAUGUAGACCCACCACUGCCCCCAGAAGAAUCAGAAGGCACUGAUUUCCUCUAAUGUUUGACUAAAAUGAUUUUAGUCUUAAUUAAACUGUUAAUCCUCUUUAGUUUUGGGUUAAUGGGGAUUUGAUUCACUUGGAUCUAUUUUUUUUUCUUUCUUGUAUUUUUUUUCCUUUCUUUUUUUAUUUUCCCUAAACUGUCAAAUUUUUUGUACUCCUAUCCUCAUAGUGAUGAAUAGACUAAUGAAAUUUCUGAUUUGUUUGGCAACAAGGCAAUAUAAAGCAUCAUUCCAUUUCCUUAUUUGACAGACGGAAGAGAAGAGAGAGAAAGAUUGAGUGUGAUGUUUCGUAGUUUAUUUUUGUACAGCCUGAUCCUGAGCUCUCAAGAUGUUUCAGGAGCUUUGGGUUUUGAACGAUGGUGGUUUUUCAAGAUGUUCUACCAUAAUUGCAUCUCAUUUACUCCAGGUAGAACAUGGAGAUCUAAAUGUUUAUAUUUAGUGAAAUGCAUUGUUAAACUAAAGAAUAAUAAUAUUUAUAUAAUUCAAGAUUAUCUUUAUUGGAAAUAAAAUAAGAAACUUUACAUUCUACAUUUUUUUUCACAUUAUUUAUUACAAUAUCUCAGUUUUUAUUUUUAUGUAAAGUAUUAACUUUAACAUUUAAGGUUGAAUUUAAGCAAUUAAUAAAAUAAAAUAUUAUUUUAAAAUUAUUUAUCAUAAUUUUAUAAUUUUAAUAAAAUAAACAUAUAUUUUAAUAAAAUUACUAUUUUUAUGCUUAAACUUAACCUAAAUAAUGAUAUUAAUAAUCCUUUUUUAAUCUUUGAAGAUAUAAAAGUAUGUUUGAUGGAGUUUACAAACAGCAUUUCCCUAAAUUAAAUUAAAAUAGGUACUGAUCAUAUUAUAGGACAGUAGAGCUGAUAGAAUUUCUCGUUUCCCUAAGAAAUAGAAAUUUCAGUGAAGCAUGAGAUCCAAAUUCCUAGUGUGAGUCAGUAACAAAUUAGAAACC